AUGUCAAGUCCGUCUUCAUCAUGUUCGCCCUCUUCAUCAGCGGUAACCAUUCCAAUACCUGGCAAGUCCAUUUUGAAGCGUCCUCCACCCGCGCAAACCGGCAUCUUCUCUCGAAUCAAGGGUUUUCUUCCAACACAAUCUCCCGCUUCUGUUACCGACGACAUCAAACCUCUCAAGCGUGCCCAUUUCAUACUUCCCCAACUCGUCACAGUUUACCCUAUAUCCUCUAUCAACCCUCCAUCAACACCCACGCUCAAAGAUGAGAGGCGGGCAAUCGAAGAGAGAGAGGCGGAGAGACGCAGGAGAGUUGUCAGAGGCAACUCUAUUGGUCCUAAUGAGACGGAAGAUUGGUGGAAUUUGGAAAAGGUGGAAUCGUUUUACAGAGAGUGUUGUGCAUCAAGAGAGGAAGAACCGGACCCUGCGAUUUCUGCUGCCUUUAAGCGUGCAUCAGGCACGAACCCUCGCUCUGUCGAUCUGUCUGGUGUACAAUUGACACCUACAUCUGCCGCGAUCCUCUCUGACGUGUUUACGAUCGAGUGGGGUCUUCGAAAGCUCACCCUUCGAGAGUGUGAUUUGGAUGAAUAUAAAUUGAAACUUAUGCUUCAUGCCCUGCUUAUACCUGGCACGCUUGUUUUCCUCUCCGUCGCCUCAAACCGUCGCCUCAAAACGCCGGCGUUUAAGGUGCUAGGUUUUUAUGCUUCAAAAGCAAAAAGUUUACAAUUCCUCGACCUCUCACAAACAAAUCUAGACAAGAAGGCAAUAGAGUAUAUCGUAGUCUCAUUGACAACAGCACCUGAGCCUGGUUUAAUCUCUCUCCGUCUAGACGACUGCUCUCUCAGAGUGCCAGCGCUGGACGUACUUGCCCGAGUUAUUCGUAAUUCAUCUCUUCGUAACGUUUCUUUGCGGCAUAAUCGCAUCAAUGCAACAGGAGCUGUCGCACUUGCUCUCAUGAUCCGAGACUACCCAGACGUAGUCCCUACUACUCCCAACUCAUCUACCUUUCCUCCACAAGUCUCUUCCCCACCUUCCUCUCCAAAUCCUCCUUACGCACAUCUACCUCCUCCGUCACCAGUUGCCCGCACAGGACCAGUACUGCCUCCUCCACGCCAUCCAUCGUCCAUGUCUCCUCAAACAACUUACACGCCGUACGUACCUCGUACUCGCCGAGGUGUUGCAGCAGCACAGCCUCCCCCUCUCUCAGCUUCUGGUCAACCCGUCCCCAUCAUCACAUCAAAUCCACAGGGAGGUGUCACCACCCGCCAUCUUGCACCAAAUACCGGGCCUCAACGAUUGGAGGGUGGACUCCAUCCUAAUGGUACAGCCCACAGACAUGACGAUGGUCCCAGUGCUGCACUCUUGGACAAGGUGCGCGCUCUCGAUGCGUUGCCAAGGCUUGGAGCUCUCCGCACGUUGGAUUUGCGAGGCAACGACCUUCGCAAUGGUGUUACUUAUCUGGCACAAGUACUCAAACGAAACAGGACGCUCAAGGUCCUGAACUUGAGCGAAAACAAGCUGGAUGUUCAGUGCUUAGUGUCAAUUGCCGAGGCGCUGAAAUACAAUCUUUGCUUAGAAACUUUGGACCUCAGUCGGAAUCCCUGCUCUGGUCCUGGUCUCGAAGGCAUUCAAUCGCUCCGAACGGCCUUCACAUUGAAUAACGCUCUCAAGCGCCUAUUUCUCUCCUCUACCAACAUGACUUCACAAGGCGCUAUCGCGCUCGCAGAGUUCCUCCCUGAAUCAAACUCCUUGCUCCACCUUGAUCUCACGGUCAAUAACUUGGACAUCGCUGCCAUUAUGGCGCUUAGCUCGGGACUGAAGGCCAAUCACACGAUGAGGUGUCUCGAUGUCAAUAUACCUCCAGAUGACGAGGAAUUUGCCAAAAUGUGUCGCGAAAUUCUCAACACUUGUAUCCGGAAUACGGAGGAAGCGGAAAAAGCGGCACAUGUUUCUGAUGGAAUUCGUAGUCCGGCGAGCAAUAGAGGACUCGGUAAGGGUGUAUGGAACAUGAUCCAGGAAAGCGAGCUUGCGAAGUCGAUACGUCAAGGUGGCGGACUCAAGAAUAAUACUGAGAUUGUAUCAAGAGCGUAUGCGCUGCUAUCUCAAAUUCAGAACUCGACGAAUAGCCCAAGGUCUAUUUCAGUUACAUCCUCUGGCGCAUCCUCCCCGACCGUCGUGGCACCCGCGGACCAAGACCUCGUUCAGCAAGCCAAGGCCACGGUUGAUGACAUUACAGAAAAAGUGCAGACUGCGACAGACAUCGUCCUGCUCGAAGAGCUGUUGGGCCUCUGCGAUAAACUGAACAGUGCUAUCACACAGUUGUCAUUGAAUCCUUCAAGCAAAUCACUACUUCAUGGUCUUGCGUUAGACAUUCCCAGCGGGGUCGUCGGUUCCGCUGAUGGAGAUACUCUACACGAGAGCCCUGCAGAUCUGUCAGAGGAUGAAGCACCACUGACUCCGAAGGUAGAUAAAGGAAAAGGUCGAGCAGAACCAGAGCCGGAGGAACCGGAGAAAGUGUUGAGUCCCACUUUCAUGAUAACCGAAUCCGAGGACGAGGAUGAAGACGACAACAGAUUCUUGGUCGAGGAGGACCAAAUUGGUGUCCCUUCUCCUGUGGUUAGGUCGAAAAUUUGGGUUGAAGAAGAAGGGGAAAUUUUCCGAAAAGGCGCUGUCCUUCUCGGACCUGAGGAGAUGGAAGGAGAGUAUGCUGGCGAAGACCUCCGUCGUGAGUUGUUGGAAGCGAUGGUCGAACGGGCUCCUCCUCGCGGAAUCAUCGAUGAAUUUGGCAUGGAUCUAGACGUGAUUGUGCCUGAAACAGUUUCUCCUCCACCAGAGGAACCUCUGCGGCCGCCACCACGCCCAUACAUCUCCCGCACUCGUUCCACAUCUUCCAAUGGAUCAACGGGAGACCUACAUUCCCCCAAUUCGCCUACCAACUCGAUGGCUGCUGCGAAAAGCCCCAUUUCGCCAGCAUCACCAGCCUCACGGGCAUUUCCAGGAAGCUUCUCAUCAAGCUCCCCUGCCGAGCCUCGAUAAGGCCUUGUGCCCUUCGUACACCAUUUAUUUCACUACUUUGACUAUUCCAUACGGACACGCCAUAUACCUGUCAUCCAUAUUAGUUGUAAGAUGUGAAAUAUCUAUCGUUCAAAGAUAUUAUUUUGCGUUUGCCUGCUGGGAAUCACCGUAUAUUAUCUUAAAAUUGUGCAUUUAAUGUGACCAGAACGUACGAGUUGGAGCCCCUGACAGGCGCCGUAGCAACGUUAUGCUUGGGUUCGCUUAAGCAAUCUCUCCAAUUAUAUAACUCUACCUACCCAA